AUGAAACGCCCCGUCUUCAUCAGCAUCUUCUGCCUUCUGACCGGCACGCUGCCCCCUGUCCUAGCGAAGGAAUGCUACUUCUGCGAAAUCACCUCUUCGACCAGGUGUCCCAGCACCAAAAUGGUUUGCGGAGACGACGAAGACUGCUUCGUGGGCCAGGGCGCCGCCACGGGCGUGUCGCUGAUCAAAAACAAGGGCUGCAUCCGUGACAUCAACUGUGGCAAAGAGCAGCCCGUCUCCUACAUGGGGGUGACCUACAGCCUGGUCACCAACUGCUGUAAAGGAGACAUGUGCAACGCAGCUCUGGCCUUGACAGCCCCCGCCCUCUUCUUCCAGCUUCUCUUCACCAGCGUGCUUCUCCUGGGGGGUCUCCUCUGA